ACAAUUCAAUAUAUGUGGGGCCCAUUUUUUCAUUGUCUGAAUGGUUUCUGUGUUCUUCUUGGACUCCGUCUGCGUAGCAUCUUCAUAUGCUUCUCUUCUUUUGAGAUUCAAGGCCUGCGCUGUGUUCUUUGAGAUUUGAUCAUACACAAUGGCUAGCCAAUCCCAACCUAAAUCAGUCCAUGACUUCGCUGUUAAGGAUGCCAGGGGAAACGAUGUUGAUCUCAGCAUUUACAAGGGGAAGGUUCUCUUGAUUGUUAAUGUUGCUUCCCAAUGUGGCCUGACUAAUUCGAACUACACUGAGCUGACUCAGUUAUACCAGAAGUACAAGGAUCAAGGCUUUGAGAUUCUGGCUUUCCCCUGUAAUCAGUUUGGAUCUCAGGAGCCAGGGACUAAUGAAGAGAUUGUGGAGUUUGCUUGUACUCGCUUCAAGGCUGAGUAUCCAAUAUUUGACAAGAUUGAUGUGAACGGAAACAAUGCUGCUCCUCUUUACAAGUUCUUGAAGUCUAGCAAAGGUGGUAUUUUCGGGGACAGCAUCAAAUGGAACUUUUCCAAGUUCCUGGUUGAUAAAGAUGGUAAUGUUGUUGACCGUUAUGCCCCUACCACAUCCCCACUCAGCAUCGAGAAAGAUGUGAAGAAACUGCUGGGGAUUGCAUGAGUGCUGAAUGCAGAGUCUCAAUUAGAUAUGGAAUGUAAUUAAUCUAAGGAUAUUAUUGUGAAUAAGCAUCAUGAAGGGAUGCAUUGAAGUUAAUCCUAAUGUAUUUUCCGUACUCUUUCAUGUAUUAUUUUUUAUUAAAUUAGGAAUCUGAGUGCUUUUAUAUGUAGAA